AUGACACUUUCUGGAAAUCAUAUCGAUCAUCCCAAACGGAAAAAGUGUCACCGUAUGUCACCAGCACGAUUCGGGUUACCCCUGUAUGCCGUCCAAGGGAUUAAGCCAGCACAUGAGAUUUCAUUUCAACGUGGCCUUCGGAAUAUGUUACCUCCAGGAACCACAAUCGAUCUCCCCGCCCCGUGGUUCGAGACAAACGACUAUUGUUUUUUUGGUGAUUCUUGUACAGAGAAAAGACUCUUGCAUAAUUAUUCGCACGAUAGCUGCGAAAACCCGCCGGAGAUGACGGAAGUUCAAUCCUCAAGAGAGAUCUUAGGCUCCAGACCCAGAUACUCGAGACGGCUGAAGGUCACCGCUAUUAAGAGCGACCCGUCAGUAUUGGUGGCAAGCUUCUUCGGGAUAAACACUUGA